AUGCCGACCUUCUUAGGGCUUGCGGUCAGCAUCCAUGCCGACAGUAAUCCGCUGCCAGAAUACUCGAUACAGAAGCAAUCUAAACAUCACCGUAUCACCUCGUACAUCCCCGUCCCACCUGCGAAGAUACCGCCUGGCGCUACCAAGCCUGAACAGUCUUCCUUCGCGAUAUCGAUAACCCUGCUUACUCCAGGUCUUCACGUGCCCUACUCUACCCCCAAGCCGACUGAAGAUGACCCCAACCCGAAGGCUAAGAUUGUCGGUGGCCUCCCUGGUCAAACCGGAGAGCGGGGCAAGUACGGUCCCACGAUAGCCCCGUACAAGCCUCUGACCACUUCGCCGAACGAGACAAUUGCUGCAUACAUAUACUUUGACGGCCGGGCGAAGGAGGAAGUAGCGACCCUGCUGCGGCGCGGCGAAGAGACGUGGGUCAACUCGCGGUGGGUCAGCGUGCCAGAGUCAGAAGGUGGGGGUCUCGCAGAGCGCGAGUUUCUCUUCCGCGAGGUUGGUCUCGAGCGAUGGCUGAACGGCCUGGAUCUCGAGGGCAAGGACAAAGAUGUGGCCGCAAAGAUUGAGCGGAGAAAGCAGCGCCUCGAAAAGAAGCGGGCAAAGCGGAGAGAAGCCAUGGACAGCAGCGACGAGGACAAGAAAGCUUCCAGCAACGGUGUAUUGCGCUACAGCGAAAGCAAGGACGCGCCCGUCGAGACGCUUUCCGGCAACGACGAGUUCUUCACCACCGACUCCGAUUCGGACGACGAGCCUCCCAUGCCCGAGGCAGCUGGACAAAUCAAGGUCGCUUUGUUCCGUGUGCUAGCGUCUGGAGAAAUCAAGCGCGGCGAGUACUCACCUCAGUUCGAUGCACACGACGACGAUGAACAAAACGGAGGAGGAGAGGGCGAAGACGUUGAUCACACAACGAGUUUCGCAAAGCCCAAGACGUUGGAUCCCAAGUCUAUCAGCACCCAAACAGUGACUGGCAUAGACCCGCCGGACAAGCCAUACGCAGUAUUCACCUUCUUGUACCGCGGAGAGCGCCAGCUGCGCAAGAUGGGCAUCUUGAACACAAAGGAGAAGCCUACAAUCACCUCGCCACAAUCGAAGCGGAAAUCCGGAGCGCUUGAUUUCGGCAGCCUCAAGCCCCUGAACGCAGCCGCCGGAACCAAGAAUUUUGGUGGUUACCGAGAGACUUCGCCCAAGUCUAACAAGAAGAAGGAAGACGCCAUGGACAGCGACGCAGAUGAUGAGGACGACGUCAAGGUUGAGGACGCGGAGGAUGACAAGGAGGUAUUCGACAAGGGCAUGCUAUCGCCAGAAGACGCUCAUAGACAGGGUGAGCUCGCGGAGGGUGUGCGCAAGAUCAAGCUCAAGCGUCAACAUUCCGCAGAACCUCUAGGCCGUCCUGCAGGACCCUCUCACUCUGACUCCACUGGAUCUCCUCUUUCGGGUACACCUGCACCCGACGCCUCGUCAGCACCUGGGCCGUCAUCCCCACGCGCCACAGAUGCCUCUGCCGAGCCAAGUUCGCAAAACUCCGUCGCUUCACCUUUCAAGAAGCAGCGCGCUUCAUUACCCGGCUUUGAUGACAAUGUUCGGAAGAGUCUGGGCCAGGCGCUCAUGGACGCGCACCAAGGACGAGCAAACUCUGAUGGGAAUAUUCCCACCAUCGAAACCAAGAUGGAAGAAGAUGAGGAGUUGUGA